AUGUUCCCCGCCAAGGGCCUCUUUGCAGCCCUCCCCUGCCCCGACAGACCCGCCUGCCGCCGCCCUGCCUGUCUCUUCAGCCAUGCAUCCGACGCAAAGGACCCCCUCGCGCUCAACAUCCCCGUCCACGCGCCCAAGGAGGCCCCCGUCGCGCCCGCGCCCUUGCAGCACAAGGCCACCGCGUCUGUCCCCGCGAAACGCCCCAUAUCGUCUGCAGCUGGACCAAGCACACCUGGCAGUGCACCAGGCUCUGUAUCUGAGCCCCCUCGUAAACUGCAGCGCACGGGGCCGUCGAAGCGACCUGUCGCGGUGCCUACGGCGACACACACCUCCACGGGCUGCCCUCUCAUAAGAGUCCCUCCAGCCCAGUCGAAAGUCGCUAUCCCCGUCCGCCAAAUUAUGCUCCAGCAGCUGUUCCAGCACUAUGCCGUUCUCUACGAAAACAUCCUCGCCCAGAAUCCAACCCUAGCCUCCGAGCAUGCCCUCCGACAAGAGGAAGAGGUGUAUUCAAAAUCAAGCAAGUUCACCUACCGUAAUGCCAUAAUCACCUCCAUCGCGACCCUCAAGAACCGGCGGAAACCCGAUAACGCUUCACAUGCCUCCGUCGGCACAGAAGGUGACCUUGCACGACGAGCCGAGGAGCGCAAGAAGCUCAAUGCGCUCCGGCUGACCGCCGAACAGCUGAAGCCGUAUGUCAUGUCGCUCGACCAGCUGCGCCAGUGGGGCUAUAUCGUCGAGAUUCCUCCAAGUGAAGGCGGAUCACGACCAAGUGAAGAGGGCUCCGUGAAGACAUGCGAACGAUGCAGCACUGCGUUCAAAGUGAAACGGAGAGAAGACGCGUCGAUGGACGAAUGCAUAUACCACUGGGGAAAGGCGUUCUCGACCAAAGUCAACGGUGAAAAGAGACGCUUGUUCACCUGCUGUUCGCGUCCCGCAGACAGCGAAGGUUGUGAAAGAGGGCCGCACGUCUUCUACGAGUCGUCACCGGAGGACUUGCACGUCCGCCAUCCAUUCUCAUAUACCCGUGGAAGCAGGCCACCAGACGAUGCGCCAUCAGAGGAGACUAGCCAAGAGGCAGAUGGUGAAGCCGACUCCGCACUAGACGUUGUAGCGCUCGACUGCGAGAUGGUGUAUACGACGGGCGGGAUGCGCGUUGCCCGGGUGUCGGUAGUCGACGCGACCGGGAAGGAAGUCUUCGACGGGCUCGUCAAAAUGGACGACGGUGUGGACGUCAUUGACUACAAUACGCGUUUCUCCGGCAUUACCGCGGAAGCACAUUCAGCAGCGCUCCUCCCAUUGACCGCGAUCCGCCGAUCGCUCGACGCGCUCGUAUCAUCGAAGACGGUCAUCAUCGGGCACGCGCUCGAGAACGACUUGAGAACGCUGAGGAUGGUGCAUCAUCAAUGUGUAGACACGGUUGUGCUGUUCCCCCACCCAGCGGGCCCACCGUAUAGACGAGCAUUACGUGCAUUGGCGAAGGAACAUCUGGGUCAGACGAUCCAACAGGGAGGUGGCACGGUGGGGCACAGCUCUGUCGAGGACUCGGUCGCUACUCUGGACCUGGUCCGAUGGCACGUCCUGAACCGUCCACCGCCAGCGAAACCCGCCGCAUCUGCACCACCAACGAACAAGCUUUGA